GUUGUCAAAACUGUCAGAAGUCAUAUAUUGUUUUGACAUGUGAUAGUAGGUGGAGGUCGAUUACCGACUGAAUUUUGUACUGUAAAGAUAUUUUAGGUUCUUCCUACCGAAAAUGGUUCUUACAGAAAGCGUAAAUCUUCCUACGGAAGAAGAGUUGACCGUACAAGAAGUGAAUCUGUCAGGCCCAGCUUUAAAGGCGGGCGCAUUCCACUUAGGCAAAGCAUGCGAGUUUGAAAACAAUGAGUUUGUAUUAUGCAGAGAUGAAUUGAAGGACCCUAGAAAAUGCUUAGCCGAGGGCAAAGCUAUCACGAAUUGUGCUCUGAAUUUCUUUAGGCAGAUAAAAAAAACUUGUGCUGAUGAAUUUAUGCAGUAUGUGCAUUGUCUUGAUAAAUCUAGCCCAGACCAAAAAUUUGAACCAUGUAGAAAGACACAAACGGUAUUUGACAAGUGUGUGAAGGAUAAUUUGGGAAUAGAACGUCCCCCUUACGACUACUAUGCCCGCGUGCAUGUCCACCAAACUGCAAGACCUCGUCCUCCAGUGGAAGGCCCCACUGUCUAUGAAGAUGCUACUCCAGGGCUUCCUCCAGAUGCACCCAAGCCGGAAGCAAAGUAUGGCUCGAGGUAUCUCUUCUUGUGGUAACAAAAUAUGUAAUAUAGAAAGCUAGUUGUUAUGUUGCGAAUAAAUUGUGUAAAUAAUGGGUUUGCUCUUUGAUAUCCUUGAAAUCUCAGACUAUUAUUAGAAAUUAUUUCAC